AGUCCGCUCAGGUACGUCCCCACAGCAGGACAGCAAUAAGGUAACAUUCUCAACUCAUAGAAGAGUAGACAGACUUCAGUAGCGAAGCGCCGGUCCCAAGUGUAGAACGCUUAAUUCAGUCGAAGAGUAGAAACUCAGCUCACCUCACGCGGUUCGCGUGUUCAACUCUAAGCAUUUUUUGUGCUCGCGUAAAGCUUCGUCAAUCCUCAUCGCGUGGUGUUGUUUUCCAUUUUAGUGGAUAGAAGCCGUUCGAAAAAAGACGCAAAUUGAACCGAAUCAGCAAAACUAUAUAGGGCUCGCUAAGGUCGCUUGGUCGAGGUGAAACCAGGGGAAACUUUCUGUUGUCAUUGUUGGUUGCGAAGUUUGAAUAUAACGCCACGUUGAAUGUUGGCGCAAGUGAAUUGUGUGUUACACUAUUGAUCGAGUGUGGUAAAUUUGGCAAAAAGUACAGAAUAUAUCUAUCGAGCAAACAAGGAAGACGUGGAGACGAAUGUGUGUCGCUGAUACCUAUCGGAAAGUGCUGGUUCAUUGAUAAGGUCGGCGUUCGGCAAUUGGCGAUAAGGUGUAGUGUUGUGUGUGGUCAGCUGUCGCGAUACUGCAAAUUACAGAGUACAGGGUGAGAUCUGGUGUGAUUGAGAAUCGUGAGAGUGCAACAGAGGUUACCACUUGGUUUGAUUGGUAGAAAUUGCAGCAGCCAACGAACACAGAAAAUUAUGCCGACCAAUUGAUUCCGACCACUUCCAAUCCAAUCAAACUCAAGACAAUAAACCGGAUCUUCCGAAUCCCUUCCUGAGCCUAGAUGGUGUUGCGUAAACCCGCCGCCCAACAGGUGUCGCCCCGUGUAGGAACCGAACUUUUCCGGCCGUUUUCCGCGUCACACAAUGUCCUCGAAACCCGCGACGCCACUCGAGCAGCGGCGUGCUUUUCCGGGCGAAAGCGACAACACCCGAAUCCCGAUGCUUUCGCCGACUCCUUUUCGCCGGUCGUAUUCCUUGAGGAUGCGCACUAGCCAGAGCUUCCAUGACUACCAACAUUACCGCGAGUGCGAGUGUGGUAGUGCAAUUAUGCAUCAUCCAGCGAAUUUGUCCGGUCCUUCGUCGUCGUCCAGCGUAAAAGUGAAAAAUUCCCUCGCCAAUGGGGGCAAAUCGAUCAGUCACCAGCAGAGGGCCGCCACAGCGGAGCCUUUCGGAGCGAAGCCGGCCCCAGGGAGCAAGGAUACGUCGCCUUCAGGUGGCUGCAGUGGCAGUGCACUUCUACCCAAUGGCGUAAUCGGACAUGGCCACAAUGCAUACACCGCGACGUCACCAAACUGCGGCCAGAAAUCCACGUCCUCGCAGUCCACCCGCAAGAAUAGCCUGCAGAAAAAUGACCGGGGAAUGUCUUUGAAUCUAAUGUGCUCUGGACACAGUGCCAGUUGUAAUAACAGCGCCCAGCGUUCACCGCGCAGACCGCACACCCCCUGUGAGUCUGCAUCCACUCCUGGGCACGGCCACGUACUGCACAAGAGCAGCCUCAGCCCAAAGACGCCCCCGGUCUCACCGGAAUCACCGGCCACCAGCUAUUUGGAUGACGAUUUGGACUCUCUGCACAGCUACAGUUCGGUGGCAAGCGGAAUGUCUUGCGACCAUCCGUACGUAGCCCGGAACGGCACCACGUUCAGUGGCCGCAAGAUGAAAUACGUAGUGCACUGCUCGAGCCAUGCUGGCCAAACGGGUGAGGAUUACCUGACCCCGACCCAGCGGGCUCAGCGCCAGAUUAGACGACUGAAGGAACUGCUGUCGCAGGCCCGCAUGGACCUGGAGCAGCGUGAUAGCGAAAUCCUAAGACUUACUAAAGAGGUUGUUGAACUGCGGCUCUUCAAGGCAUCGCUCAGUUCCCCGGAGGAACGCUCCAACUCCAGUGAUGCCGUAACGGUGCGGGAAAACACCACCAAUGACGCAAACACGCCCAGUUCGCAGGGAAUAUCACCGAUUGUGGAUCAAACGGACGAGGGAGUCAAAGCAAGUCCGCGGCACCAUCUGCACAAUCAUGGCAUUCACCAGGUGCAGUUCAUGGACAAAAUGUCCACCUCGGAGAUGGCGAGCUCGUUUGCCGAUUCGGGACACUUCGAGGACAUUACCACUUCGUCGAUUCACUCCAAAGAUUCGUAUGUGCACACGCAGGAUCGUGCUUGCGGAAGCGACGAAGACAUUGAUGCCGAAAAGCAGCGACUUGUCGAGAUGUACGAGGCUCGCAUCGAAGAGUUGGUAAAGCAGCAACAGGCUGACGAACAGCAGAUUCGCAUGUCCAACAAUGAUCGCGUUGAGGCUCUGCUGCAGAAGCUGGCCGAAUCCAAUAGCAGAUACUGUGAUCUGGUCCCUGACUAUGAGCAGGCAAAGGAGCGCAUCCGGGAGCUUGAGAAGCAACUGGAGGAGCUCCACUCGCAGCUCCAAGAGCAGGAAGGCAAAGCCAACAAGAUGUAUCUGCACAUGUACGCCAAGGGUCAGGAAGCGGAACGGCAGCAGCACGCCGAUCGGGUCAUCGAUAUGGCACGCCAGUCUCCGAGUCGCGUCUCAGUGCCGGAACUGAUGCAGCAACUCCAGGUCACCCAGGAAGAAUUGGAGAACAUACGGGACACAAGCUAUCAGCCAGAGGGCGGAACCUCACAGGUUUUACUGAGCGCAAAAGAAGCAAUCUCGCUGUGGCUUUUGGGCGCCCGGAAGACCAUGUACAAGCGGCUGAUAGACGCCCAGCAGGUGAAGAACAAGGUAGACCCGGAGGUAACGCUGCAGUUCCUCAAGAGCGCCAUCUAUUACUUCCUCACGGACAAGGAGAACUCCCAAGGGCACCUGAACGCGAUAGAAAGUAUUCUUGGAUUUUCGGAAACGGAAAAGUCAAACAUCGAUAAGGCGCGAGCUUACAAGUGAAAUGAUACGCAAUGAUAAAAAAUAUGAAUAUGACUAACUGUUAUUUAACUAGAUAAACAAUUAUAAAUGUUUGCAAUUACAACUACUUACAACUUACGAAAACAAUGAGAACAGCAAAGCUCUCAUCACGAGACUAGAAUAUUUAUGAAAGGAAUAAUACAGUAAAGGUUAGGCUGCAAGUUCGAAGAGAGAAGCGUAUUUUUAGAACAAGAAAUGUGAUCAUUACUGACUUUUGUUGUUCUGUUUCUAGGAUCGUAUUUUUAAAACUAGUUCCUUUUUAAUAUUUAUUCAGCAUUCCACCAAACAAAUAAGUGUCUGUUAUCUAAUUUCGAUGGUUUUUAAAAACGCAUUUUGCUUUUCUACUUUCCAUUUUUUACGUGCUAGGUACUUUUACAAAAUUGGAUCAUGGUUCGAUUUUCGGGGUCCUAUUCGCUGAAACGCCUAUUACGCCUCAACGAAAGUAUUAUAGUGGUUUAAAAAACUGUUGUUGGAUGAGCACGCUUUCAUAUGGAGAUUGUAAGAGUAAUACCACAGAAAUUAGCAAACAUUCCAAAGCAAAUAAAUCAUAUAUAUUUUUCAUUAACAGUACACUGUUUACCGAACAGCUCAGUAGGUGACAAACAGAUAACGUCCAUAAAGAAAUGUUAGCUUUCAUAAUGAAUCAACAACCUCACAGGCAGCCGUUUGUCUUAAAGUUUAAAUUUAAAAAUUUUCUGGACAAAAUGUUACAUUAGCUAGGCGCGCUACUUCUCAAGGAUUCUGUUACAUGGUUAAAGCACAGACACAUAGACGUAAUACAGUAAGAAAAUAACCGAACAAAGCUUAUCACUUUAAAUGUACCAUUGAAAAGGUGAACGACAGAAAAUGUGCAGGGCGUUACGUCUGUGUGUCCACCAUCAAAGCUUAGUUAGUUGCAAAUAUUGAAUUGAAAAAAGGCUUUAUUUAAUUUUGAAUCAACAUAGCACUUUCAAUAGUGCCUGAUUUCAGGAACUCAAAAAA